GCCUCGCGGCGGCACGAUGCUGGAGCGCGCGUGCCGCGCCGUGUACGCGCUCGCCGAGCUGCUCUGUGUGAUCGGCCUGCUGGUGCUGUGCGUGCUCAAGGUGCAGCACUUCCUCUCCCACCCGGUGUCGACGACGGUCUCGUACCAGCCCAGCCGGCCGCCGGCCAUCACCGUCUGCCACCAGCUCGUCGACGAACAGGCCGUCGGCGAACUCGAGAACCAAUUUUGGAUCGAGUAUUCGGACACGUUAGAUCUAUGUUUGGAAAUCAGCAAACUACUUCAACAAACAAAACUGGCUGUGGAGGAUUUUCAAACGCGACCAGACGUCAGCAAUGAAACAGACGUAAGUGCAAUGGAACGAGAAUCGUAUGACCUGAUAUUUAUAAUAACAAGUGUUCUGAGACAGUCAGUCAACGAAACAAAGGAACUUCUCAUGAGACAACUAGAGUACAAUUAUAACUACGCAUAUUCGACGAUGAACAUUUCACACAAUCAACUGGAAGGGAUAUUAAGGGAAACUCUUGAAGUAAUGCAAGAAGUCUUACAUUUCGUUAGCCUGUACGAUUCUAAGGCGGUUAAUGAUACAACUCAAGGCAUCGAUGGCUUACUGAAUGUGACCCAGGAAAUCCAAUUGAACUUAGCCAAUAUGUUUGAGCUCUCCAAGCCAUCGCCGGUGCGUCUGCUUGCCGAGGCCAGCCGGAGUGUGGACCAGUUUGUCAUCAGCUGUAAGAGAGGCCACUCCAGCUGUAUGCCCGGGGAGGGAGGCCAAUGGCAGCUGCGGCACGUCCUGGAGACCGAGGAAAGGUGCUACACGCUGAUGGCCCUGGAAGAGGAAAUCAGCGCGGAGGACGCCACCGUCGUCCUCGAACUGAGAGGGAACCGCUGGAAGCCAAACACUGUAGAAAAAGACGAUGAUGUCACCACAGAAUCAUCAGAAGCAUGGUCAACUCUUUAUGAAGACCAAGGACUCAACACUACCAACACAACAUUAGACGAAGGAACCACGGAGACAACAGAAGACCCAAGAACGGAACAAGAGCCCACGGACAGCCCUGAGACAACCACCGAAGCUGAUUUCAUUUCGACAACUGAGGCUGACAUUGACAUAGUCCAGGAGACGACAUUUUACCCCAUCGAAAACUACAACGACACGUACACCCUGCUUCAAUCCUUCAACCUCACGCCGGUGAAAGUAGCUAUUGAAAGAGUUGCGCUGAUGGUCCCAACUUUCCCAGAAAUACAUCGGAUACAAGCUCCUCCUAUCUACGUGAGGUCUUUCCAGAAUCUGCAGAGUUCGCCAGAUGCCAUCCAAUACGUCGUCUAUAAGGUCAUGCUGCACGCGGCGCCCGUUCCGCUGCUGGACGCUCCCAGCGGACUCCGCGAGCGCUCCUUCGAGAUUUUCAACAACCAGGACUGGGUUGAGGUGGACGUCCGAAUGGAGGAGCUGCGAAGUCUCAACCGAAAGUCGCGUCCCUGCGAAGAGGACCCGGCCUACAGCCGCGGCCGGUGUCUGUCCGAGUGCCAGGCGGCCGCGCACGCCCGCGAGGCCGGCUGUCAGCUGGAGGCCGUCUGGCCGGCCACCGCCCAGGGCCUGCCGCAGUGCGAGACGGCCACGCAGCUGGAGCGGCUGCGGGCCGAGCUGGCCGCACCUCCGUCCUGCGCGUGUCCGCGCCCGUGUCGGCAGGGCCGCGUCUCGGCCGUGGUGCAGGCGUCGUCGCGCACCGCCUCCGACCACGAGGUGACGGUCACCGUGCGCGUCGACGGCGACAUGCAGGUGAUCGAGGAGUCGGCGGCCUACACGGCCGGCAGUCUGCUCACCGACUUUGGCGGAAACAUGGGACUCACGAUGGGAUUCUCACUGCUAACGAUCGUGGAACUCCUCAAAAAGAUCACAUUUGGCUGCCUUGAUGGACGCAUUUAGACUCAUUCCUUAUACCUAUUUUAGAGUAGGUAGUGUAAGAAAGCAAUGCAAACAGCAUAGGUGGCAGAUAAUCUGCAGACUGGUGGCUAUUUAAUAAGUGGUGAUCCCGUCUAUUUGUCUGUAGUUGUAAUUGUGUUGCCUAUUUUGUUAACGACGCUCAUUUGAAGACUUGUGUAAAACAUACGUUCAAAA